GUGACCUCGGACUUGCCUCACACCGCCGAGCGGGCUGCGGACCAGCGUCGGCUUGCCAGCGACCUACCGUCUCUCCGCACAACACCCGCAACACACACAACAACUGGGCUGUCCUAGGCAGCGGGAUCAUCUGCUUGCAUGCCAGUUACUCUUGGUUCUGAUUCUUCCGACGCGCCAUGGUCAAAUGCGUGGCGGACAUCCAAGAAAUAUGUUCGCAAGGCGAACAAGGCUAUGAUGCGUUCACAUCGCGUUGUUAUUCCCAAGUAUGACAUGCCCAUACGCUUGCGACCGUGGUUCCUCGUCUUUACCGCAGUCAUAAUGCUCAUACUCGCAUUUCUCGGCUUCGCGAAUGCCUCACAUGGCUUGCCGAUCAACGCCAGGCUGCUUCAUUUCUUCUGCCUAUGCUUGGCAACGGGUGUCUUCUACUUCAUUUUUGAUGUCGAGGAAGAUGCUCGCCGAAUCUGGUUCUGGCGUAGUGCGCCGUUGAUAUUCACCGGUGUCACCUGCUUCUUUCUUGGUGGGAUCGUCAGUGAAUUCGUGCAGUCAUUACUUCCGCAUCAGGAGUUCCACAUAGGCGACAUUGCAGCAAACCUUCUCGGUUCUAGCCUUGGACUGUACGUUGCAUAUCAUCUCGAACGUUACUACCGUCACAGACGAGAGAUAUCCCGCCUCUACCAGCCUCUCCAACUCGAUCCGGACCAGGAAGAGGACGACGACAUCGAGAUCAGCGCAACCCCCUUGCUUCCCAGCCACUUCCAGUCAGGCGCCUCGCGCAACGCGUCCAAGUCCGGGAGCACAGCCAGGACUGACGUCGGCAAGGUUCGUCUGGACAAUGUCUGGGACGAGGGUGAGGAGCUCUUUGGCAUCGGCGACGACACCGACGACGAGGUUCCGCAGACCGCGAAGCCCACCAGUCCAGGGGCAGCGCCCAAAAUCGUGGUGACCGGAUCAGAAGAGCCAUCGUAGGCUGCGGGAAAACGCAGCGAGGACUUGCUUCGUGUACAUCUUAUGGAUGAACGAUCGUUGUACAAGAGAUUGUUGUAGCUCUAUCGUAAAUUAACGCAGUGCAUCUCAAUUAUCAACGUGGACGUCUGUGAUAGUAUCAUAUAGACGCAGUACUCCGGUCCACACAGGGGGUAACUUGUUUGUUUGUUCCCG